CGAUUCUCGGCAUCUAUUUUCCCCUUCUACACCGUACCGGUAGAUCAUUCCGAUUUCGAAACCUAGCAAGUUCCCGGAACACUAACUUAGCCCCCAUCUCUAAUUCUUCCUCGCUUCCCCAAUCAACAACCCCUCCAGCCCCUCGAACCGCACACACAUUCUCUCUUUCCCUCGUUCACUCCCACCUCUAACAUUAGAAGUACCAUCAUAACUUAAACAUAUUACAAUGUCGAGAAGGUCGAGCACGGAGAGGAGUGCAGAGGAGGAUGCAGCAUUGUUGAGCGGUCGGCCGACGAACAAACAGGCCGAGAGAGGGAAAUGGGACGGAUGGGUCAAGCUUGGGUUGGGAGUUUGGGCGAUGGCUGCUACGGCUGGGAUCGUGGUCAUCGCUGUGCUCUGGGUGAAUAACGGAAGCGGACUGAACUCAAAAUUCCCGCCAGAGGGCAAGAGGAAUAUCGUUUUUAUGGUUUCUGACGGAAUGGGCCCAACGUCUCUUGCUCUCACGCGAUCGUAUCGUCAAUUCUCUGAUAGUCUACCUUGGAACCAUACUCUCACUCUAGAUAAACACUUCAUCGGAACCAGUAGGACUAGAUCCAGCUCUAGUCUUGUGACUGACUCUGCGGCUGGAGCUACGGCCUUCUCUUGUGGCAUGAAGAGCUACAAUGGAGCCAUCUCUGUGUUGCCAGAUGGGUCGCCUUGCGGAACAGUUUUAGAGGCUGCGAAGAAAGCUGGUUACAUGACGGGUUUAGUCGUCACCACCAGAAUCACCGAUGCUACGCCAGCUUGUUUUUCAGCCCAUGUCAACCUUCGCGGUGAGGAAGACAGAAUAGCGGAGCAACAGAUUGGCGAUUACCCCCUCGGUCGAAUGGUGGAUCUCAUGCUCGGUGGUGGAAGAUGCCACUUCUUGCCCAAUACUGCCGACGGUUCUUGCAGAGAUGACUCCAGAGACCUGGUUUCUGAAGCCCAGAAGAGAUUCGGGUUUUCAUAUGUUGACGAUCGCAAGUCCUUCGAUGGAUUGAAGAAAGGUGCCGUCAAGUUGCCACUUUUGGGUCUUUUUGCUCCCACCGAUAUUCCUUAUGAUAUAGACCGCAAGGAUGAGGACUACCCGAGUCUCGAGGAGAUGACCGAGGUCGCGUUGAAGGCUUUGGAAAUUGCCACGAAGAAUAGUGAUAAGGGAUUUUUUUUGAUGAUUGAGGGGAGCAGAAUAGAUCAUGCCGGCCAUGGAAAUGAUCCCGCUGCCCAGGUUCACGAAGUUUUGGCUUAUGAUCGAGCCUUCAAGAGGGUUUCGGAUUGGAUUGCUGGUUCAAGGUACCCUGGUGUUGUUGUUAGUACUAGUGAUCACGAGACUGGAGGAUUGGCUGCUGCUAGACAGCUUCACGAGGAAUAUCCGGAAUACCUCUGGUACCCAGAAGUUCUUGCUAACGCCUCUUCAUCAUCGGAAUAUCUCGCCGCUCAGUACGCUCGCUAUGAAGGCCCUGCUGACCAAGAGGAAGACUACAUACGCGAUACAAUCCUCAUUAAAGGUCUCGGCAUCUACGAUGCGUCCGACGACGAAAUCGAAGCCAUCAAAGAUCACAAAGAUGACGUAGCCUCCGCCUGGGUCCUUGCAGACGUCAUUUCUCGCAGAGCACAGGUUGGCUGGACAACUCACGGUCACUCAGGUGUCGACGUGAACAUCUAUGGAUCAACGGGAACGUCAAAACUUAAGGGUAACCAUGAAAACACCGAAGUAGGAGAGUUCCUCAGAGACUACUUGCAAGUGGAUGUGGACGCCAUCACCAAGGAAUUGAAGGGAGUAAAUAGAGUGGAUGCCCCUGGCCUGGACAAGGCUGGAUACGAGUGGAUGGGAAGACCAUUGAGCGAGUUGAAGGAGGCUGGUUUCGAGACUGAUAAGUUAGAUUGCUACCAUGGGCAGUUCAGGCAUAAACAUUGAGUUGCUGGCAGUUUGAAAAUUAUAGACGCUCUCCUCCCCCUUUUUUCUUUUUCUUAUAUCAUCACUCUCAGUCUUAUUCCUUUUUCCCCUCUUUUUCUUUUUCUACUUUGCUACUGUCCUUCCGCUCGUUUGCGCCGGCUUGAAAGAUUGUAGUAGAGUACCGUACUAGUACUUUUAAUUUAUCACCUUGAUCUGCUGGUUCAGGAGAAAGCCUUUCAUAUACCAUGGAAAACAGGGGGGUGCCUUUGGAAUACCAUUCUUAGCAAAAACAUACCAUCACAAGGUUUCACUUUACAACUAGCAACAAAUUAUUUACUCUAUCACUCAGUUCCCCCACUCUUUUUGCCCUUCAAACAAUGCAAAAAUAUUGUAAUCAAA